AUGCAUUUGAAAUCUGUUCUUGAAGUACUUAGGAAAGAACGUUUGUUUGCUAAUCUUGGUAAGUGUUCUUUUGGGACAGAUCACGUGGUCUUCUUAGGCUUUGUUGUAGGUGCAGAUGAACUCAGAGUGGACGAAGAAAAGAUCAAGGCCAUCCGAGACUGGCCCAGUCCAACGACCGUGGGCGAGGUGAGAAGCUUUCACGGCCUGGCCAGGUUCUAUCGAAGGUUUGUUCACAACUUCAGCUCUAUAACCGCCCCUCUCACCGAAGUGAUCAAGAAGAACGUUGGAUUCAAGUGGGAACAAGCCCAAGAAGGGGCGUUCCAGAUCCUUAAAGUGAAGUUGACUCAAGCCCCAUUACUUGUUCUUCCUGAUUUCUCUAAGACUUUCGAAAUCGAAUGUGAUGCCUCGGGUGUAGGUAUUGGUGCUGUCUUGAUGCAGGAUAGGAAACCCAUUGCUUACUUCAGUGAGAAGCUUGGAGGAGCCACACUCAACUAUCCCACUUAUGACCAGGAACUGUAA